CGUUGUUAUUGUCACGUGACCAUUCCUAACUCCACCCGCUGCUAGUUAAGUGCUAGAAGCGAUGAUGAAACCCGGAGAAAUAAACCGUUCUGACGUGUGGCCGAGAAGUUUAUUAGCUAAACUUCACUCAGUCGGUCUGUGUUAAGUUUCCUCUCGGUCUUUUAUGGUGAAAAGCCGCUUUAAACCGGAAGCUAACUUCACUGUUAGCGGGGUUAGCAUUAGCCGAAGCCAGCGCCUUCAAAACAGGACAAGCUGAACUCGCUCCAUGGCUGAAGUCGUGUUGCUGCCUCCUGUCAGGCGGGUUUCAGGAUGAACAGGAGGUCGAGGUCGUCCCAUCUGGGCCUGCUGAUGCUGGGCUCCCAGCUGCUCCACGUGGGCCUGGACAGCAUUCCACCUGUCACCCUGGCUUUCCUGGCCAUCAACGUUUACCUUUACCUCUUCCCAGCAGCUCCGCUCCUGAGGGCCUGUGUGAGCGUCCAGCAGGCGUACUGGAAGGGCGACUGGCGGCGGCUGCUCCUGGCGCCGUUCCACCACGCCGACGACUGGCAUCUGUACUUCAACAUGGUGUCUCUGCUGUGGAAGGGGAUGAACCUGGAGCGGCGGCUGGGCGCAGCCUGGUUCCUCUACGUUCUGUCCGUCUUCUCCGUGCUCACCGGGGCGGUGUACCUGCUGCUGGAGGCGCUGCUAACCGAGCUAGCCGACGACCAGUCCCACAGCCGGGCCUGCGCUGUCGGCUUCUCUGGUGUGCUGUUUGCGCUGAAGGUGCUGAAUAACCACUACCACCCUGGACGCGUGGUUUACCUGAUGGGGCUGCCGCUCCCUAGCCGCUACGCCAGCUGGGUGGAGCUCGUUCUGAUCCACAUAACGGCACCUGGGACUUCGUUUGUGGGUCACCUGGCAGGAAUCCUGGUGGGUUUGCUCUACACGUCCGGACCGCUCAACAGAAUCAUGAGGAAAUGUGCAGAUUUGUUUGCACCAAACGAACACGGAUCACAUCGCAACUACUACAGAUCUGCCGGCACAUCAGGUUAUGCUGGCCGUAGUGGAGUUUACCCUGGAUACCUUCAGGACCCCCCAGGUUACCACACGGCGUCGUACACCGGCGGGCUGACGGAGGAGCAGCAGCUGGAGGCGGCGAUCAGAAACAGUCUGCACGACCGAGGACGAGGCCACAUCAGUCGAGGUCGUCCACAUCGGGACUCCUCCGAUGAUUUCAGGGCCGAAGAGACGAGGUGGAGGUGGAGGAGGAUGAGGCGGUUCGACAGCUGAACUCUGACCCAGGAAGUAGAAGAAGAAGACGGAGGUUUUGGUGGAAGAAGGAGGAUUGAUCUGAAUAAAGCGAUCAAACGUU